GCGGCGGUCCAGGUGCUUCAGCCAACAGCGUUCUUCAGACACAGCAGAAGAUAGAAGUGAGCCGGGAAAAGUGUGCAUGUGGGGUAUCGUGAUUCCCCGCGAGUGAAGGGCAGGACACAGCGAUCACAGUCGCCUUAUUGUUCUGAUCGCCAAUCCGGCGUUUAACCGCGAUCGCCCCACGAACACUCUUUACUGGCAUCUCAUGGACUUGGAUUUACUUUGUCUUUGAAAAACAGUUGGACUCGAACGCAAUGUUUAAGAAAAGCAAGAGCAAAGUGCUGGUGGACGAAGCGUCAGAGGAGGACGACGUGUCGUGGCAUCACGAGCACGCGAGGACGGAUAAAGAGUCUGAGGGAACGGAGGAAGUUCUGAGCCCCUCGACAAAGGAUUUGAAGUUAAAGAAGGUUAAAUCGAAGCGAGAAAGAGGAAAUAAGAAGUUGUUUCCAUCUCAGGAUGAUGAACACAUUUUGCUAACAGGAGUCACUCUCUCUCCCAGAAAAGGGUCUGCCAAGAAAGGAUGGGACGACGAUAAGAGCAAAGCAAACCCCGAACACAAAUCUCACUGUCUGUGGGAUAACAUCACCAUGACGAUGAAGCAGAUCACACCCACAAGAAAGCUGGACAAGAUGGAGGGCUGGGAACCUCCUCAGAUGACCGACAGAACGGAGGAAGAAAAGCGAGAGUCUGACAAAAAGAUGGAUUCCUCCCCUCUAUCCUCUCCUCUCUCUCUGUCUCUCCCACAUUCUCUGGGUUUGCCGUCCUGGGUGGGGUUGGGUUUGGAGGAGGACUCAUCUCGCUACGCCAGUCUGACGGAGUCGCAGACUCAGGGAGGCCCCACCCAGUGGGCGGCUCGCGCUCGGGAUAAGCUGGCUGCCGUUCGACGGCGAAGCCCGGCCAGCCUCUCUGAGGGCGCGUGGGAGGGGCUUAAGUGAUUUGUAUGAUUUUAUUUUGUGUGAUAACCCACGCCCCUCAUGUGCCAACUGUGAUGGGACAGCCAAUGAUUUUUGAGUUGGGGUGAGUGCCUUAGUGAGAGAUGAUGAUGGCGGUUUGGAUGAUUCAUUUUUUUCUAGUUUUGUAAACAAAAUUGACCCCACUUUAAAACACAGCUGACCCCUCAUAGUGACCAAUGACAGUAAUCUCAUAGAUUACUUUAGAAUAUAACCUUUGGCCUUUACAUACUCCAUUUCCUUUUAUUGACACAGGCAUUUAGCAUGAAAACAACUGUGAGCUCAAUGAAUUUAGGCUGCAAUACCCACGCUCACAGACAGGGGCAGUGAGUGUCUAUGCUUCUUAUCCAAAGGUUAUGUCUUUAUAUUUAGUUGAUUAAUUUAUUCCGUUAUGUAGUUUAAAAGCAUAAAUGUGAAAUGAUGUAGUAAUGUUGUGACCCAUGUAGUCGCUACUGCCUGCUGAUUUAACAUAACUGCUGCAAUCAUAAUGUACUGUCAAUGUUUUUCUCUAUGCAAUCACUGUUAUUCCAAAUAGCUUAUAUCGAUUGUGCCACAAAAGUAUUCGGUGAAAUUUCUAGGCCGAAAGGAAGAUAAAGGUGUGAAUCGUAUGUGAAGGUUAUCAGUCCUGUCACUGGAGAUGAAGUGUUUGAGCAGAACCGGCCGAUUUGAUCAAAUCACAAAUCAGGUUGAACUGAAGUGGAUUACAGUGGAACUUGAGGAAUGAAGUGAGCACACCUGUGUUAGGUGCCCAGAGGUCACCGCCUUAAAAAUCCCCUUUAAACCCUUUGCUAUGGACGUCUUAUCAUGAAGUGCAUUUUGGGUUUAAUGGUUGCUGUGCCUCAACAAGUCAUGUUGUCUUGAUUAUAGUGUCUUAAAGCAACCAGGGAAAACGUGAUCUCGAGAUGUUAUCUAAACACCCGACAUGAGGAUCAUGACAAUCUGUCUUUUUUACAAGUCUUGAACGAAAUCUGUUAACAUACAAAUUGCUAGAAUGCUUGACAUGCCUGAUUUUUUUUUUGUAUAAUCUUAUAAAUAAAUGGGUUUGCUGCUUUUAGCUGUCGUCAUAGUAACAUGUAGUUUUAAAGCAAUUACGACUCGUUCGUUUUGGCAUUUUCCUCCUCUCUCCAUUCGGGGCCUUUCCAACAGUGUUUUGAUCUUUUACUACUGAACGAAUUGAAUGAUUUUAAGAUUUUGCAUAAAUUACGCUGUUGUAAUUUUAGGUGUAAAGAUGAUUUCGUCUUGAAAAUCUGAAUAAAGAGCAUUAUCUUA